UAAGAGGGAAACACUCAAACUUACCACCAACUUCUCCACUCUUUGCGCACAAGCUGAGAUCAUUCAUGAGACCUGCCAACACAAAAUAAUCAUGAAGAAACCCAGAAAAGCGUUUAAAGGCUAUCUACUACAGUGUGAACAAGAACUACAAGUGGCAUGAGCUCCAACAGUUCAACAGCAGAAGAUGCAGGGAGCCUUUGCGCGAUUAUGUGUGGUGGUGGUUGCUACCAUCUUCAACCCCCUCCUCUUUCCUCAGAAGAACACCACUAUACCAGACCAGGAUGACCAACUCCUAAUUCGCAUGAGAGAACACGAGGAGCAACUAGCCAAAGAACAAGCCAAGUUAGACAAGGAACUAUCACAACUUGAAAAUAAGCAAGAAGAACCUCCCACUGAACCGGAUUAUAGCUGGUACUUCUGGAGCAUUGUGUCAUUUGUAAUAUUUUUAACUAUUGAGCUGUGCAGAGGGAAUUUGUCUGACUUGGAAUUCUGUCCAAUUGAAGAUGAAAAUGACAGUGAAACUGCAAGUCCAAGAACUAGGGUCCUAAGUAAGCAUAUCCUGCAAAACUUCUGCGAAAGAUGCACUUUGGCUCAUGAAAAUGGUAGGCUGAAAGAGUUUGUAGAAGGCUUUGCUGAUGACCUCCUCGAAGCACAUAGAGACAUUCCUGACACAGGGACAGACAUAGAAAUUGGAGACUUUGUAGGCAUAGGAAGCAUGUUUGAAUCCUGGCAAGUGUGCAAGCCAAUGACAUGUGACUUAAUUGUACCAUUUUCACCUCCGGAUCCGUACUACUUCAAGUGUAAUUUUUCAGAUAUCCCCCCAAAUAUGCAAGGAAGUGGUGUAAUCACAGUUUCCAGAUUUGGCGAUGAAGGAUGUCUCUGUUCCUCGACCAGUCUUGGAGAAGACAUGAUUUGCCUCUUGCAUCCCAGUAAUAACAACUUAAAACCGGAACGCAGCCCAGAUGAACUACUAUGCUCCAAAAACACAAAUUUCCUCUCCAAACAUCAAGUAAUGAAAUGGUUUCAAAUCUCCAUAACCAAAUCGUGGAGUCAAAUUUGUCAUAAAUACGACUUUGAGCUGACUUUUCGCAGUCUGGACGCCGCUGGUGCCUUCAAAAUCCGACUACCAUCAGGAAAAGUCAUAAUUUUGAACCUCAUUCCUGCAGUGCAAUUUGAAGAUAGUGAUAUGUAUUUUGUAACUCACUUACCAUCAAAUUGUGAUGCUAGUCAGGAGGACCCUUACUGGCCACCUUCUUUUGCUGUAUAUGAGAAAAAGAUUCUAAAAUAUUAUACUAAACGAUUACCACAAAAUUCUUGUCAUUUGCACUGUCUUCAAAUUGUUACCUUUCUUCAUUGCAAGCAAACAAGCCUGACUGGGAGGAGUGCUCUGACUGGCUAUCACUUCAAAACUGCUCUGUUUCACCUGCUGAUAAAUAAACAACCUUAUAUGUGGACUAUUGAUAAAAUUGACCAACGACUUCAGGAUGUACUUGACUUCAUGAAAAGGGGCCUACAAGAGAAAAGACUCUAUCAUGCACUGGUUGGAAACUAUAAAAUCCCAAAAGAUAUUCAGAUACCACAGAUGUUCCUGAAGGCAGAUCCAAUCAACUUGUUUCGUUGUCUAGUACUGGACAGAACGCUUUAUGAAGGCACUCUGACGCAUUUUCAGGAGAUGUUGAGAAAUGCACCUGCUCUUUUGCAAGAAUAUACACCAACGAUGACAAAUGGGGGGAGGCGCCUCAGGCUAAACGAAAUAUUAUGAGUUCAAUAUAAAAAAUACUUUUACAUGCAUUAUUAGCAACAAAGAAU